AUGCUGAUGGACGCCUUAACGAAUCCAGGUCCACUUAAGGACAUUGUGCUUUAUGAUCAAGAGAAACAUGUUUCCUCUGCUGUUUGGGAUGGCCAGUGUUGGAGUUACUAUCACUUGAACAUCGGCCGGCCAAAGCUGAACCGUGAGCCAGUCCAUGAUCAUUUCCCAUUUGUGCUUAGGUGGAAGGGGAAGCAAAAUGGUCCGACAGCAAACCGUGAUGUCGUCUUUUACCGGAAAGCACUUGAUGUCUUGAAGCCAUGUGAUGUGGAGUGGCUGCCUUAUGAGAACAUGGACGGUAGAUACAUACCGGAACAUAUUAGAAACUCUCUGCAGUUGGGUAGAUCGAAAACGAUGCUGAUAUCUUUCGACAAGGCGGAGAGACACCUCCCUGAUCGCUGUCUCAAACAGUUCGGCUUGUUUCAAGGCAUCCCUGAAGAUGUGCAGAAGUGGGUAAGGAAGUCCCGGGGAGUCGAUGGAGGGGUCGACCUUUCGGUUAAAAUGGAACCAGAGCUAAGCGAAUGGGAAAUGCGGUGGGAAAACAUUGUCCCUGAUGAUGUUCUUGGUGUUGAUGAAGCAGAUUACAUGAGAUGGUACCUUGGAAUCACCCGCAGAGUCGUGGGAAGGCCCAUCUCUCUCUCGAGCGAGUUUCAAAGAACGAUAUCGAAUGUGAGGGAUAUAUUGGAGUUGGCUGAGAAUUUCCCAAUACAUGAUUUAGACCUUGAUAGAGGCAACAUGGUCUCACGGAUCAUCAGCCUCGCGCAAGAUUGUUUGAGGGAUCAAGUUGGAGUAACGGCUGGUGGAACAGAAAGCCAGCAGCAGAUUGAGCUUGGUAAAAGGAUGCGCGGUAAAGAGAGGGUGAGAAGGAAAGGGAUGGGAAAGAGAAGGAAAGGUAUUGAUCCAAUGGAAGAUUAUGGAGGUAGUGAAGAUGAAUCAUCACAGUUUGGACCUAUUGUUGAGGUUGAUCAGUUGCAUUUACCACUUAGCCAUCAUGUGAACUCCGUGUACGAUGAAACACAACAUUUGUAUGAUCCUGUCACCAAAGUUGAUGACAUGGAGGAGCUAUGUGACAACAUCCCUCAAUUGCCUGAUGAUGCUCAAGACAUGAACAAGAUUGAUGGGUCAUUGCUAGACGACACAAACAAGUCUGUUGAGGAGCUAACUGAGAGCGUUGCUGUAGAACUUCAUGAGAGCUAUGAUGUGAAGAAGGAAGAUAAAGAUUCAAAGGUUGAAGAAGAUGGUGCUGGUGUGAGUGGUGAAGAAAACGAAAACAGAGAGGAAGUUGAUGGAACAGACAUGGGAGAAAAUGUUGCAGAGUCGUCUUCUCUUGAGAGAGGAGGAGACAACACUUUGGUGGCUUGA